GCAUCAAGCGGCCCGUCAGUAUCUACGAGGCUCAGUCAGUUCUCGUUGCUGCGAUGCCGAAAGCGCACGCUAUGCCGGUCGCCCGCCGUCGACUUUACGAUCGACGAUCGCGACGAUUCUUUCCGAACUAAUAAAUCUGGCGAGCCGAAAACAAACCCCCACGAACAGAUUAAAACUCGAUAUGAGAUAACAAGCUCGCGUUUCGGUUCGUGAUUAAUCGCUAAAAGUCUACACAGCUUGCAUGAUUCCAGCGGAACAGUAAUCUCCGAGUUUCGUAUUAGGUGUGGAUAAUGUAAACAGAUAAACAUUGUUGAAGUUUUUGGGAAUUGUUUAUUGACAUGGGCAUAACAAUACUUGCAUUGUCAGACGAUAAUGUUAAGGUUGGUGAUGUAGUUUGAAAAGAACUAGCAAUAGAGAUUAAGGAGAGACGGCAGGUGGUGGGUGGAUGCACUGGAAGCAAUAGGGCGGUGCUGGAGAGAACAGGAGCAGCAAGAUGGGCAUCCGGCGCUCGAUGCUGGUAUUGUGGAGCGUGGUGGCGGCGGCCUUGUCCGACUCCUGGACGGCAUACCAGGAGCAGCCGUGCUGCAGGCCCGUCACGCAUCAUCGCAUCAGGCACCACAGAGAUCAUAUACGAGAAUUUUCCUGCGGUAAUCUCUUCUACCGCACCCUAUACAUGAAUGAAGAUAGAAAUGCGCUUUUUGUUGGUGCUAUGGAUCGAGUUUACAAACUAAAUAUGUCUGAUAUAAGUCAAUCACACUGUGAGAGGGACGCACUACUACUAGAAGCGAGUAAUGUGGCAAGGUGCGUGAGCAAGGGAAAGUCAGAGCCUUUCGAAUGUCGCAACCAUAUACGCGUGCUGCAGCCACUAGGAGACGGAGAAAGACUCUACGUUUGCGGCACCAACGCCCACAGUCCCAAAGACUGGGUAGUUUAUUUAAACCUGACCCAUCUUCCUCGGCACGAAUACGUGCCCGGCAUCGGGUUAGGAGUUGCGAAAUGUCCGUAUGAUCCUGCGGACAACAGCACGGCUGUGUGGGUCACGCAGGGCAACCCGGGUGGCCUACCUGCGCUCUACGCGGGGACUAAUGCAGAGUUUACAAAAGCGGACCCAGUCAUAUUCCGCAAUGAUUUAUUUGACCACGGUCAAAAGAAGUUCAAUUUCAAGAGAACGUUGAAGUACGACUCCAAAUGGCUAGACAAAACUAACUUUGUCGGAUCCUUCGACGUCGGUGAAUAUGUUCUGUUUUUCUUUCGGGAAACGGCUGUGGAGUUUAUGAACUGCGGUAAAGCAGUAUAUUCUAGGGUAGCCAGGGUAUGUAAGCAGGACACGGGAGGUAAACACAUACUCAGCCAAAAUUGGGCGACGUAUUUAAAAGCGAGGUUAAACUGCAGUAUACCUGGAGAGUUUCCAUUUUAUUUUGACGAAAUACAGAGUGUAUACCAAAUGCCGGACGAUCCGACACGUUUCUAUGCGGCAUUUACAACAGGCGCAAGUGACGGAUUGGUCGGUUCCGCCAUCUGCACCUACACUAUGGACGAUAUUCAAGAAGCCUUUGCUGGAAGGUUCAAGGAACAGGCUACGUCCAGUUCAGCGUGGCUGCCUGUGUUAAGAGCACGGGUUCCUGAACCUAGGCCGGGUACUUGUGUCAACAACACAGAAGCCCUUCCCGAUAAUGUCCUGAACUUCAUCAGAUCACAUCCACUAAUGGACUCUGCGGUGCGGCAUGAAGGCGACACGCCAGCGUUUUACAAGAGAGACCUGGUGCUGACAACGCUAGUGGUGGAUCGGCAAUUCGUCGACAUGCUCAGGGACGAUAUCACCUAUACCGUAUUCUAUGCCGGCACUAGUGCUGGAGAAGUAUAUAAGAUAGUGCAAUGGGCAGGUGGCGUCUCCCGAGUGGCGGACAUUUGGCGGGUCUCGGGUUACGAACCAGUUCGAGCUUUAGCACUCUCGAAGACAACCCAUUCUCUAUACCUCGCCACAGAUUACAGAUUACGACAACUGCCAUUAAGAGCUUGUACACAUCGGUACGACAGUUGCGUACGAUGCGUCUUAGAUCCAUACUGUGGAUGGGAUAAAGAAGUUGGAGCGUGUCGUCCUUACACGCCUGGCCUUCUCCACGAUGCUACGAAUUCUACUCCCUCGAUAUGCGAGGCCAGCGCUCCUCUGAGGACUGUGCGAGCGAGCUAUGGUCAAAGCGUCCAUUUAGCUGCCUUUGGAAAAACACCUGAGGCAUUAAAAGAUCAACAAGUUACUUGGUAUCACCAUUCCCGACAGGAUGGGCGGCAUAAAAUAAAUUUCAACUUGGACCGAGUUCUUGAAACGUCGGAAAGAGGCUUAGUGAUCCUAUCGGUAACAGAAUCGGACCGAGGACGCUACGAAUGCUACUUUGGUCCUACCCUCAUUGCUUCUUAUAACUUGGACAUCGACAUACACAGAUGUACACAGCCAAGCAAAACGCAAGAUUAUAAGCAAGUUUAUUCAGAUUGGUGCCACGAGUUUGAGAAGUACAAAAGCGCUAUGAAAGUUUGGGAGACGAGGCAAAUGCAAUGUUCGAAAAGCCUGAAUGCGUCGUCGCAGCAGAACAGUCUGGGGAAUGAGAUCGUGACAUCACUGCGGUGAUAGGGCACAGUCACACAGACAGUUGAUUAAUGUACGAUUACUCGCCGCCCUCGCGGCAUAAACUAUCCGAUAUUUCGCCGACAGUGUCCGGCAGGCAGUGAGCACGGGCCCCUACCACCGGUCUACAGGUCAGCAUUUUAAGGGAAACCACCAAAACAUGUUCGAUUAUUUUUUUCAAAACAACUCGAAUCAAUAUUUUUGUUGCCAUUAUGUAAUUGUUGUUCCUUGUAUUUGGAAAUUUACCAAAUGUAACGCACAAAUGCGCGCACUAAACUUACUUAUGUUGUAACAAACCAUUUCCGUUAUAAAAGUACAUCGUAAACAUGGGGUAAGGGUCGUAGCUACUGCUUACUGAAAGGGGAAUGAUAAUGUAGUAAGGGGAUGAUCCGUUAAAAUAGAUUUGCUGGUCGUUCUCCGUAGCCAGCCGUUCCAGACACUGCGCUUUGACGGGUGGCUGACUGCUGUGCUACUUUACUGCCAAUUUUUAUUUCUACUGUGUUUCUAAUUCAUAUUUCAUACGUCCAUACACCUUUGGUCUUGUUAUAUCGGGUAGUAUAUGCAGCAAGAAAAGCGUUAAAGUUAUUUUUAAUGUAUUGUUGAUGAACGCGACUGAAUAAUUUAAGCAAAACUUUGUCAAAGUUACUUCAGUGCAUGACUAUUAUGUAAAAUUGUUAUCGCCUCCGCAUUGAAAAAUGUAACUAGUUCGUACAAGCCGAACGUCUUGAAGGUGUGAUUACACCGCUACAAAUUGCUGUGAUAUCAGUUCUCGUUGGUUUACAAAUGAAAAUGAUAAGAGAAUAAUAAUAUUACUUAAACAUUGUUUUCGUAUUACUAUACAUUUUCAUAUAAAGUCGAUAAUACAAAAAAUUAUUAUAGUAAAAACACAGCACAUAUUGAAUUUUCUCUCGACUUUUAAUAGUAAAAAUUAUUGAAAAACAAAUUAUUUUACAGCAUUUAAUUUACAUUUUCCAAAUCCAUUAUUAAUUAAGAAUAGGUACUAUUAUAAAAAAGAGCAAUACAAACGCCAAUUUAGGUGUAAGGGUAAUUGAUAAUGCUUAUUUGUAGAGUCGUUUAACAAUUGAUAGCAUUUAUUUGUGUAGGUUUUUGUUGUUCGGCGGCAUCUUUGCGUGUUGAAACACUGUUCAAAGUUAUGUAGAAGUUUCAAUUAGGUUAGUAUUAGUUUCAAAGAGAUGGAAUUAUUGAUUUAUUGCCAUAAAAUGUAAUUUUAGGCCCGACUUCGGACUCGGAAACCGAAUUUAAUAGAAGUUGUUUUGUUUUGUUUUCGGUUGAAUUUAAAUAGGAAUUUCGCUAGAAUAGUGCCUUGUGAAGCAUGCUUACGGUAUAUACAAUUCUAAUUGAAUUUUACUUAAUAUUUUUGUGUACAAUGUAAAAAGUUAUUGUGUAGAGUUUAUGAAUUUGAGCGUAGGUAAAUCGUUCGUGAAAAAAGCAAUAACGUUCCAAUGAAUUAAAAUUUCGACAGUAUUAAAUAUAAUUUUUGCAGAUUAGAUAGAGUACUAAAGUUAAACUUAGGGAGUAAGUAAAAGUUACAAUUAAUUUAUGAGGAGGUACCGUUCAGGAAAUCGCCGAAAACGCCUCAACUGUUGAAAAGGCAUUAAAAUAUUUAUUAUAAUAAAACUACCUAACCACUAAAGCUUAUUUAAGAUCAGGUACAAGGUACCAUUUUAAUAGAUCUCAUACAUAUUUGUAUACUGCCAUGUAAUCUUGCUUUGUACCUUUUGAAGCAGUAUUGUAAAGCAAGACCAGUAUAAAUGUACAUCAUUCACUGUUUCCGUAUUGUUGGCUUGAACAGUACUUACAAUGUUUUUUCUCAGUAUAUCUUUAAAAGUUAAUUUAUACAACA